AUGGUUCAACUCAAGACCUUCGCAAUUAUUGCGACCACGCUCCUUGGCUGCGCGCUGACAGCUCCCACAGCGACGCCAGAGGGCGUUGACAGUGCAAUUCCUGACAGCUAUAUUAUUACACUUAAGCCUAAUAUCAAGCAACCUACAGUCAAGGCUCAUAUGAAAUGGGUUGGCGACGUUCACAAGCGAAGUCUCGAGAAGCGAGGUUUUGAGAAGCGUGAUGGCGAUAAUGGUGUUGAGAAGACGUUUGAGACCGAGGCUGGCUUCCGAGGUUACUCUGGCACAUUCGACCCUGAAACAAUCAAGGAAAUUAAGAAAAGCUCAGCGGUCGCCAAUGUUGAACCUGACCGUCGAGUCAAGUUGAUGUGGAAGCCAAGCAAGCGACAAGAGGAGCCUGUGCAGGCCCCGGUAGAGGGAAGCGAAACCGAACAGCCCAGUGAAGAGGACGACGAGGCCUCACUUGAGAAGAGGGGCGAGAUUAACCAGACUCCUAGCACAUGGGGUCUUGGAACGAUCUCACACCGCAAGAAGGGCUUCAACAACUACUACUACCACAAGUCAAGCGGUGCUGACUCAUAUGCCUACGUUGUUGAUAGUGGUGUCCGCAUCACUCACAAGGAGUUCCAGGGCCGUGCCAAGUACGGCUGGACUGCCUUCAGGAAGGAUCACACUGACCGUCUCGGCCACGGCACCCACGUCGCUGGAACCAUCAUUGGCAAGACCUUUGGUGUUGCUAAGAAGGCCAAGGUCAUCUCUGUCAAAGUCUUCCAGGGCGACUCAGCUGAUCUGUCAGUCAUCCUGUCUGGGAUUGAAUGGGCUGUGAACGACAUCGUCAAGAGGAAGCGUCAAGAGUUCUCUGUAGUCAACCUGUCUCUUGCUGUCGACGGUGUUUCUGGUGCUCUCAACGAUCUCAUCAAGAACGCUGCCAAGGCUGGUGUCAUUGUCGUCGUCGCUGCUGGCAACCAAGGCAAGGAGGCCAAGCUCGUAUCCCCUGCAUCUGCUCCCCAGGCCAUCACCGUUGGAGCGAUUGACAACAAUUGGAAGAUCCCCAGCUGGUCUAACUAUGGCUCUCAGGUUGACAUUAUGGCUCCCGGUGUCGGUAUCACCUCGGCCUCGUGGUUGAGCGAUAACGGUACAUACGUCGAGGGCGGGACUUCCAUGGCCUGCCCUCAUGUCGCUGGUCUUGUGCUGUAUGCUCAGUCAGUGGAGGGCGUCGUUGGAGUCAGUUCGACAUUGAAGUACCUUAAAAAGUAUGCCACCAACAAAAAGAUUGUUGGUGACCGCCGUGGCUCUCCCAACCGAAUCGCCAACAACAACAACUUUGCUCAAAGCAAGUGA